GUGCCUUUGCAGACACGCAUCCCGCAUGCCACACUCAUCGGUGACCACAAGGCUCUGAAUAAAAUAUCAUAAGAUGCCCAACCUCCGCUCACAAUGAGUUCUCGCCAAGGAAGUGAACUCGAGCGCAAUGGACGACAACUUUCUCGAAUCGAUUUGGGCCCCAACGGGCCCAGCCUCGUCACAUGACAUACUUGAUGAACAGGAAGACGCGAGCUCGACGAUGAUACCUGGGUUGGGAAAGAAGACAGAGACGAAUGCGAGGCGGAAGAUGUAUCCGAAGGAGCAGUGGCUUGCGCUGAAGCCACUCAUCUACCGCCUCUACAUCACUGAGAACCAGACCUUCACCAAAGUUGCUCAGCAUUUGCAGGAGCAUCAUAGGUUUAAUCCCACGAAGAAGCAAUUCCUGAGAAGAGCAAAGGAGUGGGGCUUUGAGAAGAAUGUUAAGAAGGAAGAGAGGAGGGCCAUUCUUGAGACGGUUGACGGAGAGGGACAGCUUGAGGAGAGGAUGUUGAGAGGACGGAGGUUGGAUAAGGCGAAGCUUGAAAGGUGGAGGAAGAGGGAGGGGAUCGUUGGCGGCGGAUCCCAGAACGGACCUGCAGACACUUCAAAAAUGGGAGAAGAAACCUCUAGCAUCAACGAAGAUGGUCAAUCAGUACCGCCGAAGAUGGAUAUUUGUAACGACGACGGUACUGUGGAAGAGAUACCACGUUGUGGAAACCAGCUACGAUCGAUACCCAUGAACCUGGGACAGACAUUCGAUCCUUGGCUUGCAGUCGACGUCGUUGGAUCCCCUCGAUUGACUGGAUUGAUUGGAGCCCUGACCUUGGAACUGUGUGGUGGUUUUGCAGACCUCGACCUGUCUGCACCGUACUCUGGGGAGGACGAGGACAAAUGCGACUUGCUGGAUACAGACGAAGGUGACGGUAUUGCAGUAUCAUGUACAACCCGGGCUCCACAGACAUCACCCACAACAACCCGUCCCGGAUUCUCCUUCCAUAUUCCUGCUCUCUCCACGCAGUUUUCAACGGGGUGCCACCCUCGAAUGCUAGGUCCCCUCGACGAACUCUGCCCCUUUCCAAAAGUGGGGCAAAGACGGAGACUUUCUAGACAUCCGAGAAGUGAUCACCUGGUUGAUGAGUUCUCCUUGGAGGUGGAGGAACUCAGGUGUCGAAUGAAGCUCAAAGAGCUGAACAACAUGACACCAUCAAGGAUUGCUGACUUGGUUGAAAGUAUGCGAAGCGUAGCACAGAGGCAUUACGAGCUUGACCAUUAUCGACUGGCAGAAAGCUGGUGGCGUCGUGUGAUUACUUGUUCUUUGGCGAUACCAGGAUAUCAACCGGCCAAACUUUUAUAUGCUUGCCUGUGGGUUGUCGAAAACCUUCUGUGCCAAGGGAGGGUUUUCAAAGCUCUGAGCCUCCAUCGGGAUUUGCACCAGAAGAUAACGAAGCUUGUGGGCCCAGAGCACGAACUCGCCAUAUUUUCGAAAAGCCUUUUAGCCAACUUGCACAACAAUAUUGGAGAAAACCAGUCAGAUCUAGUCAUUAGCCGAGAAAUUCUUCAAACUUGCCUCCUUCGAUAUGGCGUAAGGGACAUAUUGACAGUGGGCACCAUGGUAUCGCUAGGGCAGGUUUUGAUCGUUGUCGGCCAGCUUAAGGAAGCCGAUGCGAUUCUCCGUACCCUAGUGGAGCUCGAGUGUGAGAUCCUUGCUAAUGCAGAACGAGAUGUCAUAGAGACCCAAAGGGCGCUGGACGGAAUGACUGCCCUGGCAUGGUCCUUGCGGGCGCAGGGAAGAUUCGACGAUAGCGGAAACGUGUUGCAUCUUGCCGAAGGACAAUUCGCGCAUACGUUACUGAUAGAGAAACUUUGGUGUUGGCAUUUCUACGUGGAAACGGUCCACGUCUUGAGAGCCAAGGGACAGUUACUUGAAAGCGAAGAAAUGAUUCGAGCUAUCUUGAGGCAGGCCCCUAGCCAUCCAGACUGGGAGAUUAUGAAUUCGAUGGAGCUACUUGCAGAUCUUCUAAGGCAAACGGGACGGAGAACAGAAGAAGCAAAGUGGAGGCAGAAUAUUUUCCUGAUGGGAAUUGAACUCUACGGGAUUGACAACAGAUAUUCCAGGUGGGACUGCGAGGAUCUGGGGUUUUGCUAUGCGGAUCUGGGGCGUUAUGAUGACGCGGUACAUCAUUUCCAGCAAACGAUUGAGAAGCUCGCUCUUCGCCAGGAUGGUGAUUCUGAUGACCGCGCUAGCUACAUCAAGAAGAUUCGGGAAUGGAUUUGUUUGGUUGAAGAGAGGAGAAAGGAGGAUGAGGGAUGGGAGACGCAAUCGAGUCUUGAUGAGGGAUGGGAGACGCAAUCGAUUCUUGAUGAGGACGCACAUGAAAACUUAACUGAUGUCCCACUAGCCGUGGAUUUCAGCUGAGUGCUUCGAAUCUGGGCUGAUCCGAACCUCAGUACUUCCCCGGCUCAAAUGAAUUCCUGCAACAAGCACCUUUCAUCUGGGCCAAAUCGAAGUCACUUCAGCACCAUGAAGCCUAAAAUUUGUAGCUUUGUUUGCAUUUAGCGCGCUAUAAUCUCAAACGGUUGACCUCCAACCGUCACGUCACACAGACCCCACGCUCGCAUCGCAAUCCAGUAACAAGCCGAGUCGAAACCCCUCUAAGACACACCAUCGCAAAACCCAAUGCCAAUCACCCGCUCCCGUAACCCGAAAUAAACAA